GAAAUAUUUGUGUAUGCUAAUGAUUUUAAAGGAGUGCAUUUGCGAGGGGGAAAAGUAGCUCGUGGUGGCAUCAGAUGGUCUGAUAGAGGUGAAGAUUAUCGAGUAGAAGUAUUGGGGUUAAUGAAGGCUCAAAUGACCAAAAAUUCAGUUAUUGUACCCGUUGGGUCAAAAGGUGGAUUUUUUGUUAAUUUUACUAAUGAUGAUAUGACUCGUCAAGAGUAUAUGGCAAAGGUAGUAGAGUGUUAUAAAAAUUUCUUGCGAGGAUUACUUGAUAUCACUGAUAAUAUUAUUGAUGGACAUGUUAUCCAACCUAAAAAUACUAUUAUCUAUGAUCAGGAAGAUCCAUAUCUAGUAGUCGCGGCUGAUAAGGGCACAGCAAGCUUCUCAGAUUAUGCUAAUAGUGUAUCAGAGGAAUAUAAUUUCUGGUUAGGAGACGCUUUUGCGUCGGGAGGAUCAUCUGGUUAUGAUCAUAAAAAGAUGGCUAUUACUUCAAAAGGAGCUUGGAUUUCUGUAACAAAUCAUUUUUGCACUAUGGGAAUUGACGUUGAAAAAGAUUCUAUUACAGUAGUUGGUAUUGGAGACAUGUCUGGAGAUGUUUUCGGCAAUGGCAUGCUUAGAUCCAAUACUAUAAAACUUGUUGCCGCUUUUAACCAUAAACAUAUAUUUAUUGACCCUAAGCCUGAUCCGAUGAUCAGCUUUAACGAACGUAUGCGGUUAUUCAAACUAUCUACAUCAAACUGGUCUGACUAUAAUCCAGAGCUGAUCUCUCAGGGUGGUGGAAUUUUCCAACGUAGUAAUAAAUCUAUUGGCUUAUCACCAGAAACCAAAUCAUUACUCAGAAUAACUGUUGAUGAGUUAUCUCCGGACCAUUUGAUUAAAGCAAUUUUACAGGCAGAGGUUGAUCUGCUAUGGAAUGGUGGUAUAGGAACUUAUAUAAAAGCCGUAAGCGAGAGCCAUUUAGAAAUAGGCGAUAAAGCCAAUGAUACUCUUAGAAUCAAUGGUAAAGAUGUUAAGGCAAAAGUAAUAGGAGAAGGUGGUAACAUUGGCGUAUCACAAUUAGGUAGAAUAGAAUAUGCUAAAAUGGGCGGCAGAAUAAAUACUGAUUUCAUUGAUAAUUCCGCGGGGGUUGAUUGUUCAGAUCAUGAGGUAAAUAUUAAAAUUGCUCUUAAUCAGGCUAUAUCCAAUAAAAAAAUUACUUUAGAAGAGCGCAAUAAUCUUCUGUUAGAUAUGACUAAACAGUGUAUCAUGACUUGA